AAACAAAUCACUCCUUUGCUUAGCUUGCUAGCUACUCUCUUUCUCUCUCUACAUUCUUCAACUUCUCUCUCUAAAAAAAAUACACAACCCCUUGUUCCAAAGGGCACCCCAAAAAAGAGGGAAAUUAAAGAUGGGAUUUUUUUUUUUUUUUAGUAUAGUGGGUGAUGUUUAACUUAUUUAAGAUUUGAUUUUGAUAUCAAACAAACAAGACUUUGCAAAAAAGAAAAAAAAAAAGUUCCCAUUUUUUUUUAAAAAAAAUUGUGUUUUUGUUUUACUUAUCUUGGAGGUUUGUUGAAGAAAGACAAUGUUCCAAGCAGCUAUGUCCAAUUCAACUUUGUCUACUGAAGAAGCUAGUAGUCUUUCUAGCUUUAACCCUUUGUUACUACAAAACACUACUAAUAUCAUCACUUCUCAUCAACAACAACAACAACAACAACAACAACAACAACAACAACAACCUCCUCUUCCUAAAAAGGUCAAGAAAAAGAGAAAUCUUCCCGGAAACCCAGACCCAGAUGCUGAGGUAAUUGCACUAUCACCAAAAGCACUUCUAGCAACAAACAGGUUUAUAUGUGAGAUCUGUAACAAAGGAUUUCAAAGAGAUCAAAAUCUUCAACUUCAUAGAAGAGGUCAUAAUCUACCAUGGAAGCUUAAACAAAGGAGUAAAACAGAAGUAAUUAGGAAGAAAGCUUAUGUUUGUCCAGAACCAAGUUGUGUUCAUCAUCAUCCUUCAAGAGCACUUGGUGAUCUUACUGGAAUUAAGAAGCAUUUUUGUAGAAAACAUGGUGAAAAGAAAUAUAAAUGUGAGAAAUGUUCAAAGAUUUAUGCUGUUCAAUCGGAUUGGAAGGCUCACUCUAAAACUUGUGGUACUAGAGAGUAUAGAUGUGAUUGUGGCACCCUUUUCUCCAGGAAAGAUAGCUUCAUAACACAUAGAGCAUUUUGUGAUGCAUUAGCUGAAGAAAGUGCAAGACUAUCAACAAACCCAUUUUCAAACCAUCCCACCCUUCCACCACCACAACCGCCGCCUUUCUCCGCCCUUUCCUCCUCCCAAAACCCUAACGUUAACGCCUCUCUCUUCCCUUUCUCCACCCCUUCCUCGAUGUCUCUCUCCUCCUCGCCGUGGGACCCAACCCCUCAAAACCCUAACCCUAAUUCCAACCCUCUCAUGAUGCACAUCAAGACUGAAAACUCCCACUUCUCAUCACCACCCCACCCAUUAUUCUUCAAUCCACCCCCAAUUUUCACUAACCACUCCAAAAGCUACCUAACCUCAAUGCCACCCUUCUCGUCGUCGGACACCUCCGCCAUGUCAUCAUCCCACUUCCUCUCCGCCACCGCCCUCCUCCAAAAAGCUACCACAAUAGGGGCGGUAGGAAACAAUGCCACCAUGUCAGCAUUAAUGAACGGAUACGACGAGCUAGGUGCAUUACCAUCCCACCACUUAGGGUCCGCCACCACCACCACCACCAACGACAUGUCCACCGUUUUACCACCACCACAACCAUCCUCAUCAACAAACACGAAUUCAACAAACAAUACAACCACCACCCCUUCGGAUGAUCACUUCUCCGCCAUGCUGGCCACGUGGAGGAAGAACAACGAUGGUAUGACACGUGACUUCCUAGGGCUUACCAAUGUGGAUUACAACACCAAUGUGGGUGGUGGUGGUGGUGGUGGUGGAGGAGGGUUUGACGGUGAUGAUGAGGUGGUAGGGAAUAUGCUAAAGUUCACGAGUGGUUUACAGUAUGGGAUGACAGGUCCAUAUGAUCGAGACAACUCAUCAUCUUCAUCCAUGUUGAAAACUCAGCAACAACAACAGCAACAGCAGCAACAGUCUCUUGUUCAUCAUCAACAACAACAACAACAUCAUCAUCAACAAGUUGAUGGCGGCUUCGGUUUUGCUGCAGCGGCUGAGCCACCUACCACGGCGGCUGCGGCGGCGUCGGGGUCAAGGUGGGGAUGAUUUUGUUCGCUAGGCAUGGGAAUUUUUGUUACUACGUUGGAAAUUACCACUUUACCCCCCACAACAUGCAGAGUUGGGUAGUAAUUCAUUUGAGAUGUUUUUGUUUAUGUUGUAAGUUACUUAAAUUAGAUUUCCUUAUCAAAGGAGUAUUUAAUUAGAGGAGAGAACCAUGUAAUUGUACGUUACGUUGUAGUAAUUUUACUGAAGUUAAAUACUCCGUACUAAAAUGUUAUAUGAUCAAAAUUUUAUUUCUUUUGUAUUUAACCCUACAAAAUUAUACAUUACUAGA